AUGUCAAAAACAAACACUAUGAGUUGUUUAUGGAAAGAAUCCAAAGAUGCCAAACCAUAGGUCAUCAGUGUUCCCAUUCCUACUGUUGAAGAUGGUCAACUCUUAGUCAGAAUGGAUUAUGCGCCAAUCAAUCCAUCAGACAUAAAAUUUCUCUUAGGACAAUCUUCAUCGAAUAAACAAUUUCCUUGUGUUCCAGGAUUUGAAGGAUCUGGAACAGUCGUACUUACAGGUGGAGGGAUGGCUAGUUGGGGCAUGUCUGGCAAAAGAGUAGCAUUUUACACAAAUCACCAAUUUGGAACAUAUGCAGAAUAUAGUAUUGCAGACCCAAAUUUGUGUAUAGAAUUGGAUAAUGAUGUAAAAUCAAAUGAGGCUGCUUGUUCAUUUGUGAAUCCAUUAACUGUUAUAGGUAUGUUGGACAUUUGCAAGAAAAAUAAUGUAAAAGCAGUCAUUAACAACCCAGGUGCUUCUCAAUUAGGAAAAAUGAUGAAUCGGUUAUUUCAAGAAAAAAAUAUUAAAGUUAUAAAUGUAGUUAGAAGAGAAGAACAGAUUUAUGAAUUACGAUAUGAAUGUGGGGCUGAAUUAAACAUCAAUCAAAAUGAUCCUGAUUUCCUUAAAAAGUUGAAGGAUUUAUGUGAAACCACUUAGGCAUCAAUAUAUUUUGAUGCAGUUGGUGGAGAAUAGAGUGGAUAGAUUUUAAACAUUAUGCCUAAAGGAUCCAUAUUGAUGAUGUAUGGGACUCUUGAUAGUUGGUAAAUUGGAGGAAUUUAGGCAAAUGAUUUAUUUAGGGAAUAGAAAUCAAUUUAAGGAUUUUUUCUGAACCUAUGGUUAUAAGAGUAAAAUAAAAUAGAAUUAAUUAUGACAUUAAAAAUGUUACAAAAGUUUAUUAAGUCUUCAUUAAAAACUAAAAUAGCCAAAGAAUUUACUUUAGAGGAAUUCUAAUAAGCACUUGAUUAUUAUAAAUCUCAUAUGACUGAUGGAAAAACAGUAAUAUGUUUAAAAAAAGCUAUUACAUCAAAAAGAGAAUAUUCAGAUUAACAAAAAAGCUAAUCAUAAAAUGAAUAAUAAUAAUAAUAAUAAUAAUAAUAAUAAUAAUAAUAAUAAUAAUAAUAAUCUUCUAAUGAAGCAUAAGAUUUUUAAGAAGAUGAUGACAGUUCUGAUUCAGGAUUUGGAGAAGGAUUAAAUGAUGUAUUGUCUAACUCAGAGUAAAAGUGA